UUAUUAUUUUGUUAUUUUUUAUGCUCGUUUGCAUGGUGCGGCAGAAGUGGGGCAUGUUUAGUUUUGGCGGCUACAGUGUCUGCAGUUUCUGUUGUCGCGAGCCUGGGUUUAGCAGAGGGUGAAGUCAAUUUUAUAACGGAUAUACUGUCGAAAUUCUUAUAUAUAUUUGAACCCAGGUAACCUAUUAAAAUCUCCUCACCGAUUGAUAAUGGUAACAACCGAUAGGAAAGGUUGACUCCGUGGGCUCUUCUAUCCGGAGCAGAGGUUUCAAGAACAGAGCCGUGGGGCAAUAUGGAAUUAUCUGAUCAAUGGAAGGCUGCUUGGUGCAUUGGUUCUAUCUUUUCUACUCCUCAACUCAUAACUGGCCCUUCUGCUGAAAUCUUGGGCCCUCUUCUAUUUGAAAAUGCAGGAGAACCUUUGCAAUUGUUGUCUACAGGUUAUAGAUCAGAUUUAAAUGUAAAGGUGUCUUUGAAUCUCGAUGAUGAGGUGGAUCGAAUUCAGGGUCAAAACGGGGAAUCUUUUGUUCCCUAUGAAGUUCUUCAUGAAUGUGUGGCUGAAGACAUGAAUGAACAGCAAUUGGUCUCUGUCAAUUCAAAUCUAGUCUUUGGGAAUCUUCUUCAGGGUUUGAAGUGCAGAGAUGGCACAUUGCAACUCUUUUUUCCUGUUGGUGCAAAUAUGAGUGAGAUUGGAUCCAUCUGUUAUGAUAAAGAAAUGAAAUGUUUGAAACAUUGGAAGGAGCUACAUCAUAAUGGACAUAUUUUUCCAAUUUCUAACAGCUACCAUCCAAUUUUGCAGCUUGCUACAGUUGGAAGGAGUGUGCUGGCUUUUGAUGAUUCAACAGAAGGGUUUUUGUUGGCUCGUACAGCUAAUGCUGUUCACUGGUUUAGAGCUGAAACAAUAGAAGGAGGUCAUACACUAAAGCAUAUGGCAUUUGCAAAAUUCAGAGUGGGUGUUUCGCAUGCUUGCUGGAAUCCACACUUACCUGAAGAAAGUGCUGUUAUUUUAGAGAAUGGUGAGUUGCGUUUGUUUGACAUAUGUUCUUGCCUGGAAACUCCUGAUGGUCCAGUCAGGUUGAAAGGAAAGUCACUUCCAUUAGAACUGACAAAAGUCAGAGGCAGUAACAAUAAUUUUCCCAAGGAAAGACUAGCUUGUAAGAAAUACUUGCAAAGAAAUGCAGAACGUGGUGUUAAGAAUAGAAAAGAUCCAAAAGGGAGUUGGUGGUGUUGUGAAUAUGGCUGGCAUCCACGUAUUUUACUUGUUGCUUCAUGCAGUGAAGUUCAAUUGGUUGAUUUCAGGUUCAAAAAGGAAAAGUGUUCAGAUUAUUCUACCAUAAUAGCAAAGGUAAACUUUCCUGCAGCUUGUUACUGCAGUAUUACCCAGAGAAAAGAUCAAUUUGUUGCUUUUGCAAGGGCAGACUAUGACAUAUUCAAAUUUGCGGUUGCCACACGACAACAUCUAUUACUUUUUGAUUCACGUCAACCUUUGACACCAAUUCUACAGUGGGAGCAUGGGAUGAAACAGCAUCCAGUUUAUUUGCAGAUGCUCAGGCUGUCAGAAUUGCGACCUUUAACAAGGAACAAGUAUAAGUGGGCUUCUGAUGCAGGUUGUGCUAUUUUAGCUGCCUCUUUCAGAUCAGGUGAUAUGCGAGUGUUUUGUUAUGGGCCUAAGCCCUCAAAUGAGCUAAAUGUUUGUAAAACUAGGGUACACAUGUUUCCAGAUUCAUGUGAUACAGAUAUGCCAGAGAUAUUAUAUUCAUGGGAACUUCCUUCAAAGCUGUUCACAGUGAAUGACCUUUGCUCUGGAGAUAAUUCAAUUGAUCUGAAAAUUCAAGGUGAUUUGCCCUCUGAAGAUGUCUUGUAUCCAAAAUUCGACAAAUCCUCCAAGAGUACAUGGCCGGACAGCAUGUAUGGUUUCUAUAUUGUUUCAGAUCAUGCUUCACAUACAUCAUUGGCUAUUGGGUCGAGAGAAUCUGCACAAGGUACUACCGUAGGUUUUAGUCUCGUACAGUUGACUGGAGCAGGUGAACUCCAGUCACAACGAUAUCAAGCUUCAAGAAGGCUUGUACGGAACAAAUCAAGAAACUCUUUGAGGUCUGAAACAUUAUUGUCUGAAAAUUUGGACAUUCAAAAGAAGGCAAGAUAUAUUUACAGAAGACUACCAUGUUUUCUUAAUUAUUUAAAGACUGGCUCUACUCUCAAUGGAGAGUUAUUGUCAAAUUGUGCAAAUGGGCUAAACAUGUGCAAGCAGAGUGGAGUGAAGUCUUCAGAUUGUGCGCUUUUGCCUGCUAAUCGAUUUGGAUUGCAUCCUCCAGUAGAGGAUUUCCAUCAACUUGCAAGUCUUUGUAGCAUAUAUGAAAUUUCAUGCAAGAGACUGUGGAUGAGCUUGCCAUUGGAUCUUUUAAAGUUGGCUUUUGCAGUAUAUUCACAUAUUGGUUCAUUGGAAAGGAAGCUUCCUGAUUUUCUACAGAUUUCCUCCCUUGAUUGGAUGCCACUAUUUUCAUUGAGCAAGUUAAAAAGGAAAAAGAAGCAGAAGACUGCUGAAGAAAAUAAUGGUGAAUUCACAUCAGUUCCUAUGCUUCCCCUUCCUUUCCUACUAGAUCUACAGCAGAGGAAGGAGAUGAUUUCGGAAUCCACUCCCAAUACAGGACAAGCAAAAAUAAGGGAUCAGUGCCAAUACCUUUUAGAUGAAUUUAAUAACCUUAAAAGAGCUCAUAUGAUUCCUCAAGUUGGUGGCAUUGCUACUGUCUCUCUUGAAGAUGAUACAGAUGUCUGGCCUGGUGAACAGAAUUUCCUGAAAGAAAAUUAUUUGCUUCUUCAUGAACCUUCAGAAAAUCCUUCUAAAGACGAGUGUCAAAUUCUUAGUGAUUAUGGAUUCCACUAUUCUUCCAAAGAGGCAGGUUUGAAGAAGCUACAUGAUAUCAGUGUACAUGACAAGUAUGUUGGCAGACUCUGUCACAAUGUCCCUUCUGGAGAUAGUGGAAGUAGACCUGUGAUGUCUGAGCUGGAUCAUGACAUCUGUGCAACAAAUUUGAGCUUUGUAUUAGAACCUGAUCUAAAAGCAGAAGAAAUGAAAGGCUUGAGAAGAUUGAAACAAAAGUAUCAAAAUUGGCAGAAAGACUUUCAGUUGUACCAAAAUUAUUUAAGGGAAAAUCUUUACCACUGUCCCUAGAUUCAAGUCAUAGUUUCAAUCAAAAUUGAUUACAUUGUUUUCCACGAGGAGAUAAGUUGUAGUGAAUUCUGCAAUAGUUCUAUAAGUGAAGACUAUUGCUGCUGGUACGAUAUUGUUUUGUAUAAUUACUGCACUUUGAGGUAUAAGUUUGUCUCCUUUUUGGGCUUAUACAUUAUUAUAUAGUCACUGGUUAGAAGUGCACCAGAAAUUUUGUUCUUCUGGCACUGGCAAAAAGACGCCUACCUGAGAAAUCACUAAGCGGUCAUGUCAACAUGUUUCUCUUUUAUUGUAUGAACAUUCUUUAUUAAUAUUACAAUAAUCACUGUUGGCUUCUCA